AUUCCUGGCCAUUUAAAAAAGGAGAGGACAAAACUCAGACAAAUGAAUACGGAGUCGGGCGCCCUUUAAUAAAUGUCGGAAUUUCCUUUUCAUUGGAACUGGUGUUAUUUUCUAUAAUCAACACGGGUAACCAAGCCCCUAAUCCGCCUUAAAAGGAUUACCUACACAUGUGUUUAGACUCCGAAUUUUAACAUAUAACAGGUCCAGUAUUAUAUAUGUCCGUGUGCAUUUGACGAAUAGAGACAUUGCCAUUUUCUACCAAUCAAGGAUUUUAUUUUUAACGGCGACGAUUCGGUGGAAGAGAAAGGCGAUGAUUUCGUAGGAUUAAUUAGUGAUUAGUUUAUUUUAUGAGUUAAUAUGGAUGACACACUUAGUGUGGGGGAUACAAUUUGUUUGUAUUCCGCGGAGAGUUUUGGAUUUAUUUUCUCUACCCAGUCCAGCUCCGUACACAAUGAGGUCGCAGUGGGUUCUCGCCAGGACAGACAAAGGCCAAAUAUACAGGACCAACAGGUGAUUUCCUUUCAUCUGGAGGUCGCUAAUCGAUACAAACUGAACAAGAAGCUGAGGAAGAUACAGGCCAAAUUAGGAGAUGACCCCGAGAACAUCUCCAUGCGAAAUGCCGUGUCCAGAGCAAAGGCUGCAGCGGACGCUGAAAAUGAUGACAACAUUUUGGAACAGAAGAGACAGCUGGGGAAGAAAGUUCUAUAUGGACAGGUUAUACAGCUCCGACAUCAAUUUACAAACAAGUAUAUUCAUGUGAGCACGACCAAAACCUCUGAUACAGAAUCCAACAAUAUGGCGGUGGAGCUGAAGGAGGAAAAUUCUAAGCAUGCGCUCUUUCGACUUAUGCCGAGGUACAAGGUCAAGGCCGAGGGAGAUGUGGUACAAGUUGACGACCAGGUGGUGCUGGAGAGCAUGAAAUCCCCGGGGUCCUUCCUGCACGUGAGCAAACCUCUGCUGGGUCACGGAUCAGUCUACAGCAAAAGCCACGAACUAAACGUGUCUGUCCAACAGUCCGGAUUUACGAUUAACCGGAAGUACAAACCCGUAGCCGGAGACCAGACGAAGCUACAGUUCGGAGACAUCAUCCGGUUCUACCACAAGGAGAUGGAGGCCUACCUAGUAGCAGAGGGACUGUUUGACGACGAAAUAUGCGAAGAUGUUCACAUGCGCCUUCGUCCAAUAAACCAGUCCAUUCCUAAGACCAUGUCUCCCAGUACUUCCGCCAUUACAUACUGGCAGAUAGAGCGACAGGAGGGCCCCGUGUCUGGAGGAGUUUUGAAAUGGGAACAACAAUGUAAGAUCAUACACAUGUGUACCAGGAAGUAUAUGACGGUCAAGGACGGCCAGGUGACCUUGACGAGUGAUCACCUUGACCCUGCAACUGUGUUUAGACUUCAUCCUGUCAUAAGGGAGAGUGAUGAUAUUCCUCCAGACAGCUACUGUAGGAUGGAACACGUAGUCACCGGUCAAUGGCUGCACGGGGGGUCAGAGACAUACAAGAAGAAACAGUUAGAUGGUGAUGACAACAUACAAUCCAUGGCGGCGUUAAAAUGGACCACGGCCGAGUUCCGAGUGAUCGAGACGAUAGAGGAGAUGCAGUAUGACGACGCGUUCACCAUACAGAAAGUAGACGAGGAGUUAGUCAGAAUCUUCAACCACAUGGCGGGAAUGGUCCCCUUCGUUCAAAAGCUGAUAGCAGACAAAAAGGAAGGACAUGCAUUGAACGCAAAAAUGGCCCAUGAUGCAGAAUCGGCCUUACAAGAGUUAAGUUCGUUCAUGGUAGUGAACGGUCAUCCGAUCAAGAAUAGACAGAAGUUGCUCCGAAACCUCAGGAUUGUUGAGCUGUUGAUAAAGCUUCUACAGAUACCAUUUAGAGGCACGCCUGACCAGUUUCACAUGACCAAGUUAUUUGUGGAAACCUAUCACGUGAUGUACGUGUACCUGAUGGGAGACAGCCGGAAGAACGAGCUCUACAUUGCCAAGUACAUCGACUUCUUCCAGUCCCAGUUCGAGCUCAGAGAGGGUCAAAUUGGUUUGAAUUCUGUUCACAUGGUGAUGGAGUUGAUCCGUGACAACAGAAAAAUCGUGGACAGAAUUUCCCACGAACACAUCGACAACUUCGUCGGUCUUCUACAGAGGGACAAGAACCACCGAUAUCUGGACUUACUGGAGGUCCUGUGUGUGUGUGACGGCGUGUCUAUUGCCGACAACCAGCGCUAUAUAACGGAAGUCUGGCUAAUGAAAGGCGGCAGGAACUGUGUGUACUACACUGACCUUGGACAGAAGAUCGGCAAGGAGAAGGAUGUUGUGUACGUGUCCACCACCCAGGGCCGCACCUGGACAGAGCUCGCCCAGUUCGCCCUGGGCAACACCAGCGAGGCUUAUCUGUUCCUGGAACACCAGCUCGAGCUCUUCAGAUACCUGUGUCACGGUCAAAACGACUUUUCGAUCAAUGUGAUCACACAGGAGUUGAACUAUUUGACCUGGGAGGAGGCGUUCACCUGCCUGAGUGACGAACGACUACCGGACAAACUCCGCUCCCAGUACUGUGACCUCAUUAUCACCAUGUUUGUGGAUAUUGGUGACAACCACUCAGUAGUAGACCGGGUCAAGCUUUGUUACAUCUAUGACGACAUCGACUCAGCCGAGAACUCCCGGUUAGAUAAUAAUAGGGAAACUGUAGAUAAUUCGCUGUCAAAGACCAAUAAGUAUUUCCCAAUUCUCUGCGAGUGGAUCUCGCAUUUUCUCGCGAGCAAUGGCGACAUGACAGCCUCAACGAUCGGAAACAACUUACUCGUCAAACAGGUACUGCGACUGGUGGACCAUUUGGUGUCGUUUGGAUUUUACUACAAACCCGAGGACAUCAAAAAACUGCUGGAGCCACUGAUGUCUCUAAUUGACGGCAGGAACGACAAACCGUACCCUAAUGUCACAGGGAAAGACGCAGACGACAUACUUAAAGCUUUCAGAACGAAAGAGAGAUUUGAGCGAAGCGAGGAAACUUCCGCCAUUGUCCAGGCAAAAGUCCAAGCUUUAGACACUCUUGACCUUUUCUUCAACUACAUAUUCAACCUAAGAAUGGAGAAAUUUAUGAGCAUGUUUAAGGUGACACACACACAGGCUAACCACCCCAACAGCUCGGCGCCAGAGCUGGGUCCCCUUCUGUCAGAAAAUUUUGACUUGCACUCGCAGCAAAGUGUCUGCAAAAGUGCUCUUAGGAAGCUGAGAGACAUAUUUGAGCAUACAUCCUUCUUUAAGAACUAUGAUGUCUUGGACAUACUUCAGGACCUGUCGUUCUACCACUACGAUGAGAUGAUCAGAAUGUCCAUGCACCUUCUGAACAGAUACUUCUCAGCUUACCAUCAGUUGUUCAGAAACACAGUGCAAGCUCAGGUUGUGAUCACAGACAAGUCGGUGGCUUUGGUGGAGUCCUUGGAGACCAUACUCCCCAACCUCCGGCGGCUGUCGUCUGCUAAACUCGACAAACAGCAGACGGAGGACCUCGUGUCCAUGUUGGAUAAACUCAUUCUAAUGUGUCAUCUUGAACAUGAGCCAGAAGAGGCACAUGCUAUGAACCAAAGUAUUCUUUACAAUCACGGAGUGGUAGAGGACAUGUUUACAAUUUUGCAACAGGAGGUGGACGUCCGUUUACUAGAUCAGUACACGGGACAGAGAAGCGUACUACAACGCGCAUUUACUCUGCUGCGACUGAUGGCGCGAGACAACAAACUGGUACAGGGUCGUCUCUUUGACCGGUUUGAUAUGCUUCUGUCGAAGAGUGGAGCGGAACAAGAGCUAGCAGAGUGCCUCACCGAGGUCUUUACCGGAAACUCAAACACUUGCAUGAAGAUCACAAGUCACCAGGUUCAUAAGAUCAUGAACCUGGUCACAGUUCACAAAGAGGCUGUGCCCCAGUUACUGGACUUAUUGAAUGCUAUUGUGAAGGUGGAGGAGCUGGACCUCCCAUUGAAGAGGAAUCAGAGUUUUGUGAUGCAGUAUUUCAUGCAGUACAGGGCCGACAUAGCGCACGUGAUAGAUCAAGAUGAGAAUGCAAGAGUAAAGAUUUUGGUGAACUCCGGAAGUACGUCAUUACAGUACCUUAUAUCUAUGGUGGACAUGCUGGCCACUUGUGCGGAGGGCGAGAAUAGGCACAUCGAGUCCAUUUGUCAGACCAUCUUCAGCAUCCCUGAACUGCUCAAGAUACUAACCAAUGAGCAAAUCUGUGACAACUUCAAGCUGCCAUUCCUUCGGUUCUUCCUGUGGGUGUACCUCAACACUGCUGGGGGCAUGAUCGAGAGCGGCGCGGGGGACAUGCCGCACGAGAAGUUGAUAUGGGUGUAUAUUUCUGAGAUAAUGGGUACAUUGGCCAGUGUGACAAAGUAUGCAGAGGACCAACCAGAAAUUACCAAGAUGCUUCUGAAAUCAAGCCCACCAAAGAGUGAUAUAAGGGGAGACAAGAAGGAAGAAAUGAAAGGAACUCUUCACUAUGUGUUCGAUGGCGUCAUGCCAUUUCUCCAGAUUUUCUGUCGUUCAUUUUACCAACCUGACUCGUCUGCGUUUCCGGAAGAGCCAGAGCAAAUGGAUAAACUUGCGAAUUCAUUCAAGGGGUUCCUGGAGGUUGUGGCACCGCUGAUAUCUAUUGAGAGACAAAUGAAGAACUUGGUCGCCUGUAUGACGUCACUGCUCUCCGCUUCUACUCUUCCGGUCGACAUAAUGGAGGAAUUUCAUGAGAAGUACGGAGGGGCAGUGGGAGCCCAUGAUAUCCGUAGUGAUGCACGAAAGGAGUAUGAAUCUUACUAUGAAAUGGAGGAGGAAAUCAACAGACAGCUGAAUGUGUUUUCGGUCAACAUGAGGGUCGCGUACGGCGGACCCAACACCGUGGAGGCGCAGAUUGACUACAACUCUAACGCCGUUUACUCCGAGGUGGGUGGGGACGAGGAGUUACCCCUGGGGCCAGAGUUUCAAGAUCAUUUACGAUGUUUCAUGGACACCAGUAAAAAGGACCCAGUUGACCGCUACAGGAUGAGUGAGAAACUCAUCCGCCAGUUAGAAAUAUCGCAUAAACUGACACAUCUCAGCGAAAAGGAAAAAUUAGAACAAGUGGAACUGGAUGUUAAAUGUCUGAAGUUGUUAAGGGCAUUAAUCUACAAUGAGGCUGUCAAACUUCCGGCAGACUGGGAGACGGAAACAUACACGCAUCGAAAAAAAUUAAAAGCUAUAUCAGAUGUUCAGGACACCCUCAAUCAUUUUGACGUCAUUGCCAGCGUCAUCGAGCACUUGAAUUGUCCACAGGAUGACGUUGUUCGAGAAACACUCGCCUUUUUAUGUAUGCUUCUGUACAAUGGGAACGAGAACGUUCAGAGCAAAAUGUUUGAAUAUUUUACGGGUACACGAGAAGAGUCGUUUUUCUUCACCCUGAAAAUCCGCAUGCAGAUGUCAGCGAUCGCUACCCGAGAAAGGCGCCUUCUUCACGCUAUGUACCAGUCCAAAGUGGAGGAAGCCGUGCAGCAGGCAAAGGCCCUGCAGAAAGCCAUGGCGAGCGGCAAAAUGGCGCAGACAGAAAUUCUGAAGGCAAACCGUCUAGGCUCAAUGCUGUCGAUGGCCAAAACCUCCAUGACAAACUUACGGCCCGCCAGUAACAUGCUAUCUCCAAGACCAGCAUCACGAUUUGGCGCCAAAUCAAAGCUCGGUGGACCCAUGAGCCGCGAGAACACGCUGCUCUUCACACGGGGGAAUACCCUGAUGGAGAACAACUUUCUACAGCCCCCUACGUUAGCCGUAAAUGGUCUCAAGAAAUCCACGACCCACUUAAAUGGCAGCUUGAAUGGAUUUGGCAAUCAAAAGACAAAGGUUGCUCCGAUGGAUGAUACACCCCAAAUUCAAAUCGAGAAAGUAGAAGAGGAGGAACUGAAGGAAUUACUCGGGGCUGCGAUGACCAUGACGGGAGAUUUCACGUUCAAAGACGACGGCUACAUUGAACUAGUUCUGAGGAUGUUGGGACUCAUGUGUGAUAACCAGCACUCUGAUAUACAGAACUACAUCCGGGACCAGUUUGACAACAUCAAGUCUGUGAACCUGGUGGCUGAGACGACCAAGUUCCUGAACAUUCUUUACUCCAACAUCAACGAACAAACCAUGCCACUGGUCGUACAGCUGUUUGACACGCUCGUCGAGUUCACUUCCGGAAAUCAGAAGAACCAGUCUGUAGUGUUUGAAAAUAAAGUGUGUGAUUAUAUCAACCACGUCUUAAGAAUAGGACAGUACGGGAACUGUGGUAUAAAUGAGGAGUAUAUAUUAAAGAAGUCAAUAGCUGUUCUGAUACGAUCGUUGACAGAAGAAAACACGGAGGAGGACGAGGAUGAAGUUGUAUCGAAGAGUUUAUUUAUAAACUACCACGAAAGAGAAAUGUCCAGUAUGUCCUGGCAGAGCAAAGAACAGGAAAUCAUGGAAUAUCUAGAUGAGGAUCUCUGUGUUUCUACAAUGACGGAAGCUUUUUCAAAAGCAAUGGAAAUGCUAAAAGCUCCAUCAAAAACAAAGAGAGAUGAAGAAUUUGUUGAGCUGCAUGAGCUAAUAGAAACAACUGGGUUUGCGUACUUUCACAUUGUUUGUCGAAAAUUUGACAUGAAUCCAUCUUUGGAACAAGAAACGCUGGUGAAGACAGAUAUACAAAAAACGGCUUUUGAAUACUAUAAAACAAACAGUUAUUCGAUCGAGAUUUUGAAGGACGACGUUUUACAAAAAGUUUACUUCCGGGUCAAAGAUAAGAACGUUUUGAGGGAGGAAAUCAAAGAUAAGUUUAAGUACGAAGUGGACAGGACCACGCCUAGUAACAAGAUCCGGGACUUUAUGGACUGGGCCAGUGACAUCAUCCAAGACAUCAAGUACCAACGCAAGAUCCGGUCCAACAUUGUAGGGAGGAUGCUGCUCAAACUUUGGCUUCCCAUGAACUAUGCCGCGCUGUUUCUGAGUUUCGUCAUCUGCAGCGUCAUUAUGGUCACGUGGAGAGAUCCUAAGAACGCUGACGGGACCUCAAACACUGGCAGCGUGAUUCCUGAGUUUGACUUCGACAGCACUAGUUAUUACCUGUUUCUAUACAUCGUUGGAGGCACUCACAAUUUUCUGAGUCUGUGCAUUCUAGUGACGUUUCUUAUCUCAAAUCAACCCACAUUUCCUUUAUAUACCUGGAUAAAACAGAAGAUAUCGUCGGAGAAAGACGACCAGGAUGACGAUUCUCACCGAUCGUGGCACGAGAAGAAAAAGGAUCAAUCUCAUCUAGAGUUUGAAAUAUACAAUGUGUAUACCAUAUACUACUUUUUGUUUUUCGCGUGCUCAGUACUGGGUACCGUUUAUUACGGCUAUUUCUUCUGCUUCCAUCUGCUCCAUUUGGCAGAACUAAACCAACUGUUAAAGAGGGUCCGACAAGCCGUCACUACAAAUGGUAAAUCUCUGUUGAUGGUGGCCCUCCUCGGCCUAGCCAUCUUCUUCUGUUACUCCCUGGUGGCGUUCGCCGUCCUGAGGGAGAGGUAUUUCCUGGAGUCGGCAGGGCGCCAUUGUCGGACAGUCUACCAGUGCUUUGUCACCAUGAUCCACCACGGCUUCGUGGAUACGCCCUACACGACAUUUGAGGGCAUGAUGAACAAUAAUUACACUGACGUCAUAGAACUGACGAUUAUCGACGUCACGUUCUUUAUUCUCAUCACCACAAUUGGAUUGAACAUCAUCUUUGGUAUCAUUGUGGAUACAUUCUCUCAGCUUCGUGAUGCUAAGUGGGAGAUAGACAAAGAUAUGAUGAACAACUGUUUCAUCUGCAGCAGAGAAUCCUAUGAUUUUGAGAGACACGGAGGGGGUUUUGAGAACCACGUCAAGACAGAGCAUUAUCAGUGGGCGUACCUGUUCUUCUUCAUCCACCUGACGGAGACACGACCAAACGACUUCUCCGCCCUGGAACUCUACGUCUACAAUCUGCUGGAUAGAAAUAUUUACGAUUUCUUCCCUUUAAACCGAGCGCUGAGUUUACAAAACGAAGAGGACUCUAAUGAACGAAAAGUGGAGAUUUUGCGUGUGCAAGUGGAUUACAUGGUGAACAAGAUGAGAGAAGAGGAAGCUGAAAAGGAGCGACAAAAAGAAAAGGAUCGACAGCUGGCCUGGGAAGCUGAACAUAAGAAAUUCACCAAACGGGUGGCAAAAAGCGCCAAAAGACGCUAAAAACACGCCGCUACAAGAAAUCAAUCAAGAGACGCUUUACAGUAUUAACCAAUGAAAAGAGUUGUCUUAUACGUACAUGCAAGAAAUAAAGAUAUGCAUCUCAUAAGUAUCCAAUCGAAAGAGUCUACUUGCGUAAUCAAUUGAAAGAAACUAAAUAAAAUAAAAGGUAAAAUUGGUUUCACUUAAAUAAACGAAAGAAAGCUACAUCUCUCAAUGUUCAACCAGAGUAGAGAGAAAACAGGGAGGCUAUUUCAUACAUAUAUGAUUAUUUUUAUUGAUUAUAUUUUAUUUUAAAUAUCUUCUUUUUUUUUUUACACAGAACUCUAUUGUUCAAAUGCUCAAAUCUGCUUGUGUCUUACAUUGUUGUCCAUCAUUGCAUUUAUCUAGAAAUUGAAUUUAAAAAUUCGAGAUAUAUAUUUUUUGCCAGAAUUUUAAAAUACAAUUCUAGUAACUGAACAAAAGGGAUAUUAUAUAUAUGACAAAUGUAUAUUUUGAUAUGAAAUUGUUAUAAAUAUUAUUUUACACUCUAUGUUUUAUCUAUUGUUUUUGAACAACUGUUUAUCCGUCCAUUUGAACGAAUAACGUAACUUGUUGAUUACAAUAAACCUUCUCAUAAAUUCA